AUGUUUUCUUUUCUUUUUCUACUUCAAUCGUUUAUCAAACAAAACGCAUGUAACGUUUGUAGGAGAACCGAGAACCAAUAAAACUUUUAUUAUAAAUAAACUUAUUAUUGUCGAUGACACUAUACAAUAUUGUACAGUCUCUCUCUCCAAUCUCGUUUAUGUAUAGUAUAAAUAUACACGAUCUUCCUUUUAGGACAGAACCCACCAAAAGCUCCAAACCCAACAAAAAAAAAAGAAAGCUGCAGAGAAGCAAACAACAACAAAAAUGCAGCCAGAGAUUUCAGAUCAAAUAUUAUAUUCUUUCCUCAUCGGAGGAUCCUGUGCCUCGUCGACCACCACCACCACCACAAGGUCGUCUUUCUACCCUUUUGCCAUGGAAGACACAAGUUCUCAAGACAAAGCUCUUGCUACUACUCUCAGGAAACAUAGAGAAGGUGAGCGAAUGAGAAGAGAAAGAAUCAACUCUAGUCUUAACAAGCUCCGGAACUUACUCUCUUGUAACCCCAAGACCGACAAAGCCACACUACUAGCAAAAGUGGUCCAACGAGUCAACGAACUAAAACAACAAACCCUAGAAAUCUCCAACGAAAACGUACCCUCUGAGACAGACGAAAUCAGUGUACUCAACUUCGAAAACUGUUCCAACGACGACGGUCGGAUAAUCUUCAAGUUAUCGUUCUGCUGCGAGGACAGGCCAGAUCUCAUGCAAGAUCUCGUGGAGACACUCAAGUCUCUUCAGAUGGAAACUCUCUAUGCAUAUAUGACGACAAUUGGUGGUCGGACGAGAAAUGAUCUCGUUGUGGUCGGCAACAAAGAGCAGCACAGUGUCGAGUCGGUGAAGUUACUACAGAACGCAUUUGAAUCGUUGCUCGAACGGUCAAACCAGUCGGUGAUGAUGGGACAUGGUGGUGGGCGAGAAAGGUCCAAAAGACGUCGUCCUCUCGAUCACAUCAAACGGGUGUGAUUUGAUGAGACUUGAGCACUAUAUUAUAUAGUUUUCUUAUGAUUAAUAUAAAGUUUUAACUUUGGUUAGAUAGAUAACUUUUGGAAUGGAUCGACGUGGAAUGAUAUUCUAUUAAUUCAAAAAAGAAAAAUUCACCAUUUGAUAAAGUGAAUCAAUAGGCGUCCCUAAGAUAUUGGGGGCCGAAAACAAUUUAGUAAAACUUUUCUAAACAGAUUCUUUUUUACAAAUUUGAGAAGCUUUUCCAUGUAAUUUCGUUUUUUAGAAUUGGAGGUCCUAUGACGACAUCCCUGAGUGAAUAAAAUACUUAUUUCAUCAAUUCUACAAAAUUACAAAGAAAAUUAUUACAUAACAAGUUUAAACCACGAAUGAUUAAAAUGAAUUCUAUUUCAUUUUAAAUUAUAUUAUAUUUCUAUCUUUUCAUUUAUUUUAAAAAUUUCACCAAUCCUUUAUUAUUUUACCAGUUAUAGCCUAUAUAGUUUUACUUUUUGGUUUGUGUUAAUUUUUGUGUGUGUUUGUGUUAUUAUGAUUGCAAACAUAUGUAUAGGG